GAGGGGAAAGUCCAGCAUCAGCCUUACGUCUCUGUCCAAACUCUGUCUGGAAAAACUUGGAUUACAUGUAUUGCAAAGGAAGAUUUACAAACCAGGCCUGUGUUAAAUGUUAAUAUCUUCCAGGAUAGGCUUUAGUGGCUCCACUGGAUAAAAAUAGGGUUUUUUAUUUGUCUUAAUCUGUGUGUUUGAGGAUGAGUGUGUACCUGCUGGUCCUCUGUCUGGCUUUGCUGCAGCAGGAGGGAAGAGCAAGGCCAGACCAUCCAGGCUGCAAUAGCCCUGAGGCAGUGAGGGUGACAGAAGAGGCCCUGGAGCAGAUCAACCAGGACCGGACAGACGGAUACAUCCUGAGUCUCAACAGACUGUAUGACCUCUCUCACACUCCUGACACGGAGAAAGAUGGGUCGCUCUACAAACUGACCAUUGAUGUCAUGGAAACUAAAUGCCAUAUCACCAGCAGGAAACCAUGGAAACAAUGUGAAGUCAGAGAUAUUAGUAGUGUUCCAGUGUAUGGAGAGUGUGAGGUAUCUGUCUUUGUUGACUCUCAAGUCAAACUUCAAAGCUACUCCUGUGCACUUCGUGAAGUUCCUGCUACCGCAGUGGUGGAUGUGUGUCCAGAUUGUCCCACAGCUGACAACCUGAACGAGCCGGUCAUCAAGGAGACAGCCAAUCUCUCCCUGCAGAGGUUCAACGAAGAGAGCCGCCUGGCCAACUACUUUACUCUGGAGAACAUUAUGAAAGCUAGUUCACAGUGGGUUGUUGGUCCAUCCUACUUUGUGGAAUUCACCAUUGUGGAGACGGUGUGUUCAAAGAAAACAGAGGAAAGUGAACUAAGCAACUGCCCACCUAUGAACUGUCAGUUUGCUCAUAGAGGCUUCUGUUUGGGCACACACAUGGCCCACGAGGAGCAGUUUGAAAUCCGACUCCCUGUCGGAAAAAAGGACAGCUCAUUUCACAACCGGAAACCUGUAGAGGUGAACUGUGAGAUCUACGAACCUCAGGCUGCCGCUGCGGAGGAGCAGGCCCAUGCAAAAGCAGACAGUGAACACACUGAGCAUCAGCCCCACAACCACACACACCUGCACCCCCAUGAGCACAUGCACUCAGUCACAUCCAGCUCAGACCUCACUGUCUCCAAGCCUCGGGGCACCCUCGGGACUGUGGUCAAUCAGCCUGCCCCUGUCCGAUCUGCCCCAGCAGCCAGCUCCUGCCCUGGCCCACACAGACACAAUCUGGGUUUAGACAGACUCAGGCUCUGACUGGCUAGACCAGGACAGUUUAACUUUGAUCAGUUACUCAAGCUACAUUUUUCCUGCAUGUUGUAAUUAAUUAAGAAGGACAAGAAAUUGUGACCUAGAAGUAAAAUAUGGAAGGACAGUAAUUAAUCCUUGUAAAUAAUCAGAUUACAUUAACUGAUUAAAGCAUUUACAUAGAGGUAAAUUGUAUCAUUUUCUCACAUGGGUAUUAUUUAGCUGCAGACGUCACAAGAGGAGAUGAUACUCUGUGAAUAAACAUCCAUGAAUCUGCUUAGAAUUAAUAGAAACAAAAGACUCUCCUUAUUACUCCAUAACUUUCCUGAGAAUAAUUGUGUUUUUAAGUUUUAUUUAGUAUUGGUAUACUGCAAACAGGAAUUGCUCUUGGCUUAUUCAACAUAUUUAAUGGUGAGGAGGAAUAAUAGGAGGAACAAAAUCCAUUAGUAAUAACUUUGCAUGUUGCACUGUAAAUUUAUCACUGUAAAACAGUAAAAUCAAGUUGGCAAGCACUUAC